AUGCCGUCUGCUGCGCAAUGGCAGGGCACACCCUCAGUCAAGGGCUCGACUGAGAGCAUGCGCAUGGCGUUGCUCACAGCCUCCCUCAUCGGCUUGCAGUUCACGUGGAAUGUCGAAAUGACAUACUGCACACCCUACCUCCUCGAGCUCGGUCUCACGAAGUCGAAGAUAUCCCUCGUAUGGGUCGCCGGCCCGCUCUCAGGUCUCAUAAUGCAGCCUAUCGUCGGUGUCGUCGCGGAUCGAUCUACCUCUCGCUGGGGCCGCCGGAGGCCGUUCAUGUUCUUUGGUACGAUCCUGGUGGCCAUGUUCUUGUUGCUGCUGGGCUGGACGAAAGAGGUGGUUCGGUACUUUAUAAAAGACGAGGCUGCGGCUAAGAGCGCAACAAUAUACGUGGCGGUGUUCAGUAUAUACGGUAUUGAUUUCGCUAUCAAUGCCGUGCAGGGGAGUUGCAGAGGCCUGGUCGUCGACACAUUGCCGAUUGCGAAACAGCAAAUGGGCAGUAGUUGGGCGAGUAGAAUGGUGGCGGUCGGAAGUCUGAUUGGGUACGGGGCAGGAGCGAUUGAUCUGAAGAAUGUUUUUGGGCCUAUGUUGGGGGAUACACAGUUCAAGCAGUUGACGGGUGUUGCGGCGUUGACGCUCUGCUUAGCCAUUGGGACAACGAGUUGGGCUGUUACGGAAAGGGUGCUCAUUAAUGAUGGGGCGGAGGAGGGCAAGGAGCUGGAUCUGAAGCAAGUUCUCGGUACUAUCGUGCAUACUGCUUUGAAUCUGCCUAGAAGUAUCCAGGCUAUCUGCACAGUCCAGUUCUGGGCUUGGAUUGGCUGGUUUCCUUUCCUCUUCUACAGCACCACGUGGGUUGGUGAAGUAUACCUACGAUACGACGCCCCAGCAGAAGUCAAAGCUGCGGGUGACCUCACAGGCAAGGUCGGCCGCAUUGGUUCCAUGGCCCUCAUCGCCUUUUCCAUCAUCACAUUCGUCAUGUCUGUUCUCCUGCCUUUCUUCGUACAGAGCCCAGAAGAAGACGAAAAGGGUCCUGGCUUCUCUCGCCCAUCUAAGCAGUCAACGGGACUGGCGAAAUACAAACCAAGCCUGCUUACCGCGUGGACAACUGCGCAUUGUAUCUUUGCAGGAAAAAUCAACCGCCUCAACACUUCCUCCUCGCACUCCGCCCACCCAAAGCGCACCUCUAUCGACCUUCCCGAAGCGCAAUCCAACCUCGAAAAGGGCAGCGCGCCUUCCUCCAGCGGCGGAGCAAGCUCAGGGCAAUACCUCGGCAUCAUGAAUCUGUAUACCACGCUACCUCAGUUCAUGGGCACAGGGAUCUCGUGGGUAGUGUUUUCCAUCCUGGAGCCCGGGAAAAGCCCGGAGUUGAGCGAGGCGCCGCCAGAGGAACACCACAAGACGGAUGGCCCGAAUGCGAUUGCGGUUUGUCUGUUCAUUGGGGCUUGUUCGGCGUGUAUGGCCGUUGUGGCUACGAGGAGGUUGGGGAGGAUACAGGGAAGACUGUAG